GUGCGAAAGAGGGUUUCGCACAGGGCUGGCGCUUGGAAAGUCCCCGCGUGAAGUUUGAGAGUUCACGUAGUACAGUAGUUUAUCGGUUCGGCAGUCAAUAUGGAAACCCUCUAAAUAAAUAUAUAAGACAUUAUGAAGGACUGUCAUAUGAUGUGGAUUCAUUACACCAAAAACACCAGCGUGCCAAAAGAGCAGUAUCUCAUGAAGACCAAUUUUUGCGCUUAGAUUUUCAUGCUCAUGGAAGACAUUUUAAUCUGAGACUGAAAAGAGAUAUGUCUCUCUUUAGUGAUGACUUUAAGCUUGAGAUGUCAGAUAAAGUAAUUGAUUAUGAUACCUCCCAUAUUUAUACUGGGCACAUUUAUGGUGAACAGGGAAGCUUUAGCCAUGGAUCUGUUGCUGGUGGAAGAUUUGAAGGAUUCGUCAAGACUCACACUGGAACCUUUUAUAUUGAGCCAGCAGAAAGAUAUAUUAAGGACAAAACCCUGCCUUUUCAUUCUGUCAUGUACCAUGAAGAUGAUAUCAAAUAUCCACAUAAGUAUGGACCGCAAGGUGGUUGUGCAGAUCAUUCUGUCUUUGAAAGAAUGAAGAAAUACCAAAUGACUGGCACUGAAGAGCCAAGACACCAGCCUUCUGAAGAACAUAGCAGACAGGACCCUGAGCUCUUGCGGAAAAAACGAGCUGCGCAAGCUGAGAAGAACACUUGCCAACUCUAUAUUCAGACCGAUCAUCUCUUCUUUAGGUAUUACGGAACCCGAGAAGCUGUGAUUGCACAGAUUUCCAGCCAUGUUAAAGCGAUUGACACAAUUUACCAGUCUACAGAUUUCUCAGGAAUCCGAAAUAUCAGUUUUAUGGUGAAACGAAUCAGAAUCAACACUACCCAAGAUGAAAAAGACCCUUCUAAUCCCUUCAGAUUUCCGAACAUCGGCGUAGAGAAAUUUCUGGAACUUAAUUCUGAGCAGAAUCAUGAUGAUUAUUGUUUGGCCUACGUGUUUACUGAUCGUGAUUUUGAUGAUGGUGUCCUUGGCUUGGCCUGGGUUGGAGCACCUUCGGGGAGCUCUGGUGGAAUCUGCGAGAAAAGCAAGCUUUAUUCUGAUGGGAAAAAGAAGUCCUUAAAUACUGGCAUAAUCACUGUGCAAAACUAUGGUUCCCAUGUCCCGCCUAAGGUCUCUCAUAUCACCUUUGCGCAUGAAGUGGGGCAUAAUUUUGGUUCUCCUCAUGAUUCUGGGACAGAAUGCACUCCUGGAGAGUCCAAAAACUUGGGGCAAAAAGAAAAUGGCAAUUACAUAAUGUAUGCACGGGCAACAUCUGGUGACAAACUGAACAACAACAAAUUCUCUAUCUGUAGUAUUCGGAAUAUCAGUCAAGUGCUUGAAAAAAAGAGGAAUAAUUGUUUUGUUGAAUCUGGCCAGCCCAUCUGUGGAAACGGACUGGUGGAGCAAGGCGAGCAGUGUGACUGUGGCUACAGCGACCAGUGCAAAGACGACUGUUGCUAUGAUGCCAACCAGCCAGAGGACAAGAAGUGCAAACUGAGACCCGGCAGGAGUUGCAGCCCCAGUGAAGGCCCCUGUUGUACACAGAAUUGUGAAUUCAAGAAAGAGCGGGAAAAGUGCCGGAAUGAUUCUGAGUGUGCAGAAGAAGGAAGGUGCAAUGGUAACUCUUCUUUCUGCCCCACAUCUGCACCGAAGCCAAACCUGACAGACUGCAAUAGACAUACACAAGUUUGCAUCAAUGGUCAAUGUGCCGGCUCUAUCUGUGAGAAAUAUGGCUUAGAAGAAUGUACCUGUGCUAGCUCUGACGCAAAGGAUGAUAAAGAAUUAUGCCAUGUCUGUUGCAUGAAGAAAAUGCAUCCGGAAACGUGUGCCAGUACAGGAUCUGAAGCGUGGAAGGAUUAUUUCAGUUUCAAAACCAUUACUCUCCAGCCUGGGUCACCCUGCAAUGAUUUCAAAGGUUAUUGUGAUGUAUUCAUGCGGUGUCGCUUGGUGGAUGCAGAUGGCCCCCUGGCCAGGCUGAAGAAGGCCAUUUUCAAUCCAGAGCUGUAUGAAAACAUUGCAGAAUGGAUUGUGGCGCACUGGUGGGCCGUCCUGCUCAUGGGGAUUGCGCUCAUCAUGUUGAUGGCAGGAUUCAUCAAGAUCUGCAGCGUUCACACCCCAAGCAGCAAUCCAAAGCUGCCACCCCCCAAGCCCCUUCCAGGCACUCUGAAGCGAAGGAGACCGCCCCCGACGACUCAGGCCCCUCCGCGACAGAGGCCCCGGGAGAGCUACCAGAUGGGCCACAUGAGACGCUAAGAGCUGCUUUUUGCCUUGGUUCUUCCUAGUGCCUACAGUGGGAAAAAUUCACUCCAAAGAAAACCUGUAUUAAGUCGUUGUCCCUGGUCAAUGAAGGAGGUUCUCAGAACCCGGAGAAGUUGGACGAUCGCCUAUCCCUGCCCCAAAGCGAAGUGGUUGGCCGUGAAGCAGAUCUUUAGCAGUCUGAAGCAACGCGUUUCUCUCCUCCCUCAGCUCUUCGCUCUUGCCUUUUCUUCACUUGCAGGCAAACGUAGCUCUGAUGGGACUUCUCUUCACACGAAUUAAAGUAUCUAUUUUUCAGCUGUCAAGGCUAGGAAGUGAGACUGCCUCAGUGUUGGAGACGUGACUUGCCAAUGUACAUAAAUGGUGAUAUGCAGACAUUGUAUUUCUAAUGUACACCUGUACUUCUGUGUGCAAUUGUAAAACGAUAUAAUUGCAAUAUGGAUGUUCCUUUAUAUUAUAAACCUUUUAGGCUCUUAAUGAAGAAAUUACUGUUUAAUUGACAUACUCAGGAUAACAGAAGGUUGAUGGUGUACAACAGCCCGGGAUUCUGUCAUGCUUUACACAGGAAUCAUGAAUCACAUCAAAUCCGUUCUUUAUGCAUCUCUGUUUUGGUCAGAAUUCCUCCUUACGCGCUACCCGGAUGCCGAGCCCAGGUUCUGCUCCUGCCCAGCUCCGCUGAGAGGACUCCAGAUUGCUCCAUGGGAGGCUGGUGUGGGAAAAGGCCUCGGGUCGGGCUGGGCUGCCCUCUGUGGUUAGGCCAGGGGCCUGGCCUCUUGGGAGGGCAGCAGGAGGCUUUAAACAGAAGGAAGAAACCUUUGCCUGUUCUGUUAAGUGAUCGGCUGUUUCGUUUUGCUUUGUGUUUUCCCCAUGAUUUGGUAGUAAGAUAAGUCUCUCAUAUUUUUCUCAGAUUGCAGCUGGCUUUCUUUAUUAUGCUCUGAUCACCUUGAUAAGUGAUAAUGAGGAACCCAAUUCCGACAAAUUUGGGAGAGAUUAAAACCUAUGUUUUGUUUUUUGUUUUAACAAGUACUUGGUAAUCUUUCAGCAUGAUACUGUUUUAAAGGAUAACCACUUAAGCAGAAGCCACUACUGCAGGAGUUGCUGUGAUUGUGUAAUUAUUGUAGGCUGGGGAAUGUGAAAGGCACUAAAGAGGAUCUCAAACAGCACAAUGGCCCAAAGUUUUUAUUACAAGUGUAUAUAAUUGGCAUUUUUUUAAAAAAAGAAAAAGCAAUGUCAUAAUAUGCUUAACUGCUAUGCAGGAAAUGGAAGAGGGCAUUAUUCAAGCUUGAAUUCACUGCUUCUGUUUUUCCAAAAGCACCAAGCUGAUUGGGAACCAAAUGGCUGCAAAAUAUUUCUGGCUUUGCUUAGAAAUCCAGUUGUAUGGGGGG